UCUUUUUUUUUAACUUCUGUUAUGUGGAAAAAUGAAUUAAACCACGUAUGAAAUUUGUUCUACUUUAAAAUUCUGAUUUAUUUUGUGUUUUAAUGUCAUUAUAUAAAACCCCAGAGUGGUUUCGUCAUGACAAGCCGCUGUAGCUCGGAUGUAACAAGACAAGAUCUGUGCUGCCAACUGAGAGCCGUGCUCCUGUUUGUGUGCUGGAAAGGUCAGCACCGUGCUGCAGAUCCUGGAGCAUCUUCAGCAGUAAAUUGAUCAGCGGAUUAAGUGGUUUGCAAAGAUCGUCAUCAGAGGCUGCAGUUUGUGCACAUAAUUGCCAGAUAUAUUGUGUAAAAUUGAUGUUAGCACAGAGGGGGGGUUUCCUCCCCUCCUGCAACAAUACCAGCCGUCACCUCGGGAAGAUUAUUCAGUCUGACUCAAAAUAAACGAUAAAAAAAAAGAAAAGAAAAAACGUCCCGCUGCUCUCUCCGGAAAUCUCACCCCUCCCGGCUGUGUGAAGACCCUUGUCACAUGAAAAGGGCAACAUGGCCUGAUGUCAUGGCAAAGCUUCCAAGAAACGAAAACACUCCGAAGUUCUCAGUCAAUCAGAAUCCGCUGGAGCUUUUACUCUGCAGCGUGGAGUCACUCCGAUGUGUCCAUGGCGGAGAGCACCAUGUCUCCGGAGGAGAUCGAGGUGGAGAUGGCUCGCAUCCAGCGCCUGCGGGAGGUCCUGGUGCGCAGGGAGUCGGAGCUGCGCUUCAUGAUGGAUGACAUUCAGCUCUGCAAAGACAUCAUGAGCCUAAAGCAGGAGCUGAGACAGAUUGUUUCAGUACCAGAGAAAGAAAAGAACAAGAAACACAAGCAGCAGGAGGAGGAGCUGAUCCUAAAGAUCCAUAAACUGGUGCAGAAAAGGGAUUUCCUGGUGGACGACGCCGAGGUGGAGAGAUUAAGGGAGAAGGAGGAGGACAAGGAGAUGGCCGAGUUCCUCCGGCUGAAGCUCCGGCCUCUGGAGCAGAAACUCAAAACUACGGCGAAUUCUCAAAAGCCCAAGCGACAGAUCCCAGAGCCGCCUCCCAACAAACCCUUCAUCACCAAGUCAGGGGCGGCCAUCAUCAAGGACUGCUGCGGAGUCGCCCAGUGUGCUGUAAUGUAACCCACCUCCUCAUCGACGAUCGCUAGCCUCAUGUCACAUGACCCAGCCACUUCCUGUUUCUCAGAGAACCACAGACAGCAGCACUCGCCCUUGAGCCCGUUCAGGAAUCACAUCUAUUUCCCAGCUGCAGGCACGUGGGAACUGAUCCCUGAUCAGUGUUCAAGGUGGGGUGUUUUACCGUGGGAACGCAUCUACCUGGACUGUACAUGAACUAAGCAGAGCUGUAAAUAGAGUCUGAUAGCUGUAUGGUUGAUGUAUUUAUGCAGAGGCAGGUCAGGUCCUUUCCUGUAUGUCGCAUUCAUUUUUGAGGUGAGGAUGCGUCCGACUGGACGAAUAAGGCCCAAAAGCACAAUAUCCAUCGCAUCAGUAAUUAGCGGGGUUCUGACAUGAACAUGAAGCCUCUCAUUGUGUCAUUUAGGACAACAGUUCUCAUUCAUAAGCUAUUAUUAUUUAUAGUCUAAGUUGUUCUGAUGAGCAAAUUUGAUCCACUAAUUGGUUCAUGUUUGAAGGUCAGGUUGCAGUGGAUACUUUGACACAUCAACGUAAGCAGUUCACAAGCAGACGAUCUCGGGAGUAGGCAACAUUGGAUAAAAAUGCAUAAAUAUAACUAAUUCCAUGCUGAUUUAAAUCGGUUUCACCGCUGCAAACGCUGCUGCAAACAGUUGAUCCAAUCAGACUUGAUUUCAGUCAUUUUGAUGAGCUUCCAAAGACACAAAGAUGUUCUCUACGAAUGCCAAAAUCAGUCGUAAACAUUCGUUUGGAUAUCUUUACCUGGAGAUUAUUAGUUAUUUCUCUCAUCUUGAUGUUUAAAAUCCUUUUUUUUUUAACAACAGAUGUUUUCCUCUCCAAUUUUCAUGAGAUAAUGGAGCCUGUUUUCUAAUGACAUCUUUCAAACCUCCUUGUCAUAGUGUUGCGUUUGUUGUGCACACUUUAGUUCUUUUCUUGGUUUCUUUUCUGGAGACAACAAAUGAUGUCUGGAGGAUCCAGACCUGGUGGCGGUGGACUCCCAACUCCUACUGACCUGUAACUUUUGGAUGCAUUUCUGCAUCUACAGACCUGGUGCAGGUUCUAAAACUAUUAGAGUGCCCCAGACCAUCAUACUGCCACCACCAUGGUUUACUAUAUGGUGCUUUUUUUUUUCUCCCUGGAAAUGCCAUUAGGUUUAGGUCAGAUAUAGCAGCACACACCUUUACAAAGUUUUUAUCUUUUCUGAAUAGUCUUGGCCAUCAUGGGUGCCAUUGGAGAGUUUUUGCUUGUGCAUGUUUUCUUGUUUCACGUUUUCUCCUUUUGUGGAUAACGUCUCUCACUGCGGUCACAAGAAAAACAAAAACAGGUGGAGAUUGCUGACUGGCAUGAAGUCUGAUGUCACUUUUGUUCUUCGACGUUACUCCGAAUCACAGUUUGACGCUUGUAAAUACCUCCAAUGUAAUCAUUGGUCAUGCUUCCUCAUCCUGCAGGGUCACCUGUAGACGCCAUCAACAACCUGGACAUAACAGACAGUACAACCUCACAUGUGGUGAUCAUAAAGCCUCAAAACAAAUUGCAUCCUUUAAAUUUAAUCUUGCACUUCUAUGAUAAACACCAGGAAAGGAAUGAAGCCCUUUUAAAUGCCUCCAAUAAACCUUGUGUGCUUGAGUGUUUUUAGGACUUUAGUGACUCGCGUCAAGAAAACUGUUGAUCUCUCAUCACUUCUUUCUUCUGAUAACCUGGCGUCCUGUAAGUGUAGUGACUUUAUAAAAGUUCUGCUGUUAAAAAAAAUAAAUAACCAAAUUAAAUAUGCAGAAAAUAAGCUGAAAACACUUGUAAAUAUGUUUCAAUAAACAGCAUCUUUCAAGAACGAACAGUGUCAUGUUUGCCCUCUGCAAGUACAGGUACCUUUACAAUGAAAAUGCCAUUAAAAUGUCUACUUAUUUCUUCCA